AUGGACAAGCUGCCGGUAGAGAUCCUAACCAAAAUCAUCGACCUUCUCACUCCGACCGAGAAGGUGCAGCUUCAAUCAGUCUCGAAAAAAUUAUUCGAUCUUGCCCGCGACAAUAAUUUAUGGAAAUUACACUGUCAUGAAUAUUCAUGGGCUGCCCUACAUCCUCAUCGCAAUGUAGGUCGGACGACCGAGAGCCUCCUCAAUCAUCCCACUAGUACAUCGUUGAGUACAUUGGGUCAGAGCUCUUUGCGUGAUCUUAUUCAACCACCUGCGCCACAGCCGAACGAUGUUUUGCUGGACGAGUCGAGGGGUGUGUCGUUGAGUGAGAGAUCAAGGGCGGCGUCGGAGUGGGACUCGUCCAUUGAAGGGGAACAUGUCGAUUGGUACUCGGAAUAUAUUGCCCGUCAUGGGCCCAUGUCUUUAUCAUGGGUUCAGCAACCUGUGGCUCACAAGGGUGAAGGUCGAAGGCAUACCCACCAUGAGAUUAAAGGCAUGGGGUUGCUAAGAGACUGGAGCUCAGCCAGACGAAAUAAAGUUGUCGCCCCGCUUGAAGACGGAAGUGUUUGUAUUUGGGAUCUCAAUCACUCUCAUACUGGCGACUCGCAAUCAAGCAAAGGAGACAUUCUUGGCGUGAGUGAACCAGGUCUGCUCAUGAAGAACCUUUCUCGACGCAGAGAACUGUCUCCUUCCAAAUCAUCGCUGGACUUUAUCAACCUUGGAGAGGGUGUGAGUGUAGACUCUUUUCGGCAUCGAGCGUAUCUUGCUAUUGGGAAUGUCCUCAAUGAAGUUGAUCUAGAGACUUUGAAGGUGAUUUCGCAGCAGCGUUAUCCAUGGUCCAUCUUUGCCCUCUCACAGGAAACCGAUUAUUCUGUUCCACUAACCCUAGCCACCACACUGAGUCUACAAAUAUACGACUCCAGACUAUCUGCCACUGAAGAAGAGGAGGCGAUCAGUUUGCGCUGUGAGAAGAAUUCAGUCUCAUCCCUUGCUGAGUUGAACAUAUUUCCUCAUCCAGACUCGCCAUUGUUAAAGCUACAACCAAAUGGACUGCCUCCCCAUCGAAUUCGCAGUCCCGGACCCUCAGAUGAUACUAACUAUGCCCCGCUAUUUCAACCCGGUCCUCUUUCUAUCCUUCACCCACCCGCCCCGAAUGUAAAUAGUAUUCUUCUCGCUGGCCGCUUCCCUAGCAUUCUCUGUUAUGAUCGUCGGUUUUUCCCCCGCCUGCAAAGUACAGUUCACUCUGGCGGCCGUCUCUGCGGCCUUACAUCUGCCCCAGAGCCUCGAUUCCCUGUCUUCAAAGACUCGGAUUACCCUGCAUCACAUACUGUUGUAGCAUGUGGUGACUACAAUGGUAGAGGAUCCCUCGAGCUAUACGACCUAAGCUCGUCCUCCCGAAACUCCGAAACCAACCCAUCGGAUAGGUCAUCUACCCUAACACCACGACAUAAGAAUCGACAAAGUGCAGCCAGCUCCAAGCUUCUAUCCGUCGCAUCCCAUGGAAACCGCCUCGUCUACUCAGAUUCCGAAGGAAAUAUCAAAUGGGUAGAGCGAAACGGCCGCACAGAAGUCCGUCGCUGGAACAUAAAUACAUCCGAACCAGCAGUUUCACAUUCUAGAUGCAGCGACUCAUUCAUAUCCGGACAAUCUGGAGCUAGAACUGGGAACCAAUCCCCACAACCUCGUGGACUAUGGCCGAGUUCUGAACAAGGGAAUACAAGCAGUGAAGUUGCGCGGAAAAUCCUUCCAACGGGUGGGAAUCUUACUGGUGAUGAACUGCUGGUUUGGACAGGAGAGCGGAUUGGACGAAUCAAGUUUUCUAUCCCGGCAGACCUGGACAUUGAAGAAGAGGAUGUUGAUGUUGACGAUGAUGUUUUCAUGCAUGCUGAGGUUGAUGAAGAGACUCGUCAAGCUAUGCGUCUCAAACAACGAGAUGAAUGGGAGAAAGAACGGAGAUAUGAAGAGACUAUGCGUCGGGCGCUUGAGAUACAAGCUGAUGAAGUCAGAUGGAUGGGGACAGAGAGCAUGGGCUAA